AUGACCUCGUGGUUCCGUCCUACCCAGCUCACCAUGGACCAGGGACGCCUUUCGCCGAUCAUGGAGCUCGAAACACGCUUUCCCGUCCAUACGAGUAGAUCAGCAGCACCCUCCGAGUUUCACGAUGAGUGUAAUCGACCUAUAACUAAGACGAAGGGCUAUUACUUCGGACAAGAGGCGCUCGUAAACCGCCUCGAUCGACUCGAGCAUCAACAAAUCCACACCAAGACCCUCAAGGACCGUCUCGAUCAGCUCGAGCAGAAGACUUUACGCGCCCAGAUUGGGCAGCAGAAACGCCUCGAGCAACUCGAGCGGGAUGUCGAGCAGACGUUCGCGUUGUUUGAGAAUGAAUUCGAUGGGCGACUUGAGCGCAUGGAGCAGGAGAUCUCGCAGCAGAUGGCUGCCGUGAAGAAAGAGGUGCUCGGGGUGAUUAAGAAGUGGGCUGAUGGAGUAUGUGAUGCUAUUGCUGAGCGGAACGCCGUGGUGCGGGAGGAGCUGUCGAAGUAA